AUGUUCGUCGAAACUGGCGUUGGUAUUAAGGCUGCCAUCGCUGUGACAGCCUUCGUGGUCAUCUUGACCGUGUCUGUCUAUCUCAACGACCGCCCAUACGCCGGCUUUGUGAGGAUAGGGAAGGAUGAGAAUUCAUGGAAGGCAAAACAGCGGUGGCUGUCAUCGGCGAAAGACAUAAUGAAUGAGGGGCUGCGGAGCACAAAAUCCCCAUUUCAAGUAAUGGCAAAUUGCGGGCCUUUAAUCCUCUUGCCUCCGGUGAUGAUGGAUGAGAUCAGGAACGAUGAUCGAAUGACGUUCAAAGCGUGGCUCAAGCAGCAUUUCUUUACCACUUAUCCAGGCUUUCAGGGAUUCAAACCUGCGGUAGAUAGCAACGUUUUUACGGAUUCGGUGAGGAUCGGCCUUACACAGUCUCUUACUCAUGUGACAGAGAUACUAUCUCCCGAGGCUUCUUUGGCCCUGGAAGAGCUGUUCCCAUACAGCACAGAGUGGCGCGAAUACCAGUUCGACCAAGCUGCGUUGAAGAUCAUCGCCCGUCUUUCCACUCGCAUCUUCAUCCCCGCCCUUGCCAGGAACGAAGAAUGGCUCAACAUUGCCGUCGACUAUACCGUCGACUUCUUCACAGCUGCGUUUGUCCUGCGCCUUUGUCCACCUAUUCUCCGCCCGAUCGCACACUGGUUCCUGCCCCAAACGAGGAAACUGCGCGCAUCCAUUCGAACAGCUCGUCGCCUUCUGGAACCUGAGCUUGCGGCGAGGCGAAGGGCACAGGAAAAAGAACGGGAAGCGGGAAAGCCGGUCACAAAACCCGUAGAUGCAAUCCAGUGGGUACAGUCUGUCGCAGACGCCAAAGGUGUGUACGUCGACCCUGUGUACGCGCAGCUGAACUAUACUCUCGGAGCUGUGCAUACGACGUCUGUAACGUUUGUCAAUAUCCUCUAUGACCUGAUCGCCCAUCCUGAGUAUAUUGAGCUGUUGCGCAAGGAGAUUCACGACGUGUACCAGCAGGCACCGAAGUGGGAUAAAUCGACGUUGAGGGAGUUGAGACUAAUGGAUAGUUUCAUGAAAGAGAGCUCGCGGCUCACGCCCGUGACGAUGUUACCGGUGAACCGCGUUGCCGAAGAGACAGUAACCCUCUCCGAUGGCACCGUCAUUCCCAAAGGCGCCACCCUCGGUGUUCCUACGCUGCGCUCGGUCGACCCAUCCGUCUUCCCCGAUCCCUUCAAAUUCGAUGGCUAUCGCUUCUUGAAUCUCAGCCAGGAGCCCGGCGGCGCGACCAAGUAUCAAUUCGUUAGCACCAGCAACGACAGCAUAGUCUUUGGGCACGGAAAGCACGCGUGUCCGGGUCGGUUCUUCGCUUCCAAUGAAAUCAAGAUUAUCCUGGUGCACUUGUUGACAAAGUACGACUUGAAGUUUCCGGAUGGGAAGACGGAGAGGCCAAAGCCUUUGGAGAUGGGUGCUGAUCUCAUACCAAAUCCGGAUAUGAAAAUUUUGAUCAAGUCGAGAGUGGAUGAAGCCGGGGAUAAUCAGUUUUAGUUUGUCUUGGUGCGUUAUGGUAGGCGUGAAUGGUCCUACAUUUCUAGCUCGACAGACUCUUCGUGUGGAGGCACUACGCUUGAAAGCUAGCCGUUUCAACGAUGCUACGAUGUUAGAUCUACGGACUGUGCUUCCCUAUCCUUACUCGGAGAAGCCUCUAAGAUAUUAAUAAAAUAAGUG